CAAGCGAUACCCGAAAAGGACAACCUUCCAAAACGCUGCAAAGAAAGGAAAGACAGCAAUGCACGAAAUGUUUACUAAACCUCCCAAUGACGAUAUUUUUGCUGACCCUAUCUGGCCUCCUCCGACUAGUUUUUGUCUUAACGAAUGCGAACAUCUGAGAUGA